GUCCAAGCCCAAGGUGGUAUGCCCUAACAUAUAAAACAUCUAACCUAAAGCCGCUCCCUUACCUCUCCCCUUUAGAUCUGAAACUACCACAAGCAAUAGGAUGUCAAACCUAAAUUCCGCUGUUGUUGAUGAUGAACAUAAGCGUGUUGUUGUUGGUGAUGAUGAGUAUUUUCAAGAUGAUAUCGUUGUAUAUCCAUACCUACAUGGCACAUCAUAUCCCUUUGACGAAUACGACUAUGAUCAUCUCGUUGAUUUCUCCAAGAGAUCGAUCGAAAAGUAUAAUAAGGAUGAGGGGAGAAAAUUUGAGUUUGUGGAACUUAUGCAGGGUCUUUUGUUCAGUACCUAUGGUUGUGACAAUGUCACAGCACAUUUCAAAGCAAGUGAACCUGAUAAUUGCAAGAUUAUGACCUUUAAAGCGUAUAUUACCUGUCGCUGGGAUGACGAUUCUUCUCCUUCUUUAGAGGAUUCUUCUCCUCGUUGGGUUUCACCCUUGCCCGACAACGAGGCACAAGAUGUGGAGAAGAGGCUCCAGGGAAUUCAAGAAAAAAUCUUGAGCUCUUUACUCGACCGAAUGGGUGAUGAUGAAAUGGACGACGAUGAAAUGGACGACGGAAUAAACUUCGAAUCGGAGGAAUGGAACACAUUUGCCAAGCUCCAUACUUAACUGCUACUGUUCCAAUAUUCUCAUAGUUUCUAUGUUGUUUCAUGGAAUGACUCCACUUUCGAUACUCGUCAAUGUGUUUAGUUGUUUUCAUGUUGGGCUUGUAAUUUCAAUCUACUUCGUGUUUCUACUACUACAUUUGAUACUAUUAACUAGACAUUUGGUCAAUCGUUUAUUGUUUAUUUUACA